UAAAAAAUAGUUUAGAGUGACCUCCCCUGAUCUAGGUGACGCGUUUCGUUUUCCAAAACAGAAACAAGCACAUGCCGGUGAAAGAUGAGCGUUCAUUCCCUUAUAUUCAAGCAAGAACAAGCCCACAAAGACAGCAUAUGGACAUGUGCUUGGGGUAAAAAUGAAAAGGAUGGGAUAGAAAAUAUAGUAACUGGUUCUAUAGAUGAUACAGUCAAAGUGUGGAAAUGGGGAGAUGAGAGGUUAGAUUUGAGGUUCAUUUUAGAAGGACAUCAGUUAGGAGUUAUAUCAGUGGAUAUCAACCCAACAGGAACCUUGGCAGCAACAAGUAGUUUAGACAGUCAUGUCAAAGUUUGGGAUUUGGAGACAGGAAAGUUGGCUAAAAGUAUUGAUGCUGGUCCAGUGGAUGCCUGGACAGUUGCCUUCUCUCCAGAUUCAAGAUUUUUAGCAUCAGGUAGUCAUACAGGAAAAGUCAACCUGUUUGGUGUUGAUAGUGGAAGGAAAGAAACUUCCAUGGAUACAAGGGGAAAAUUUACAAUGAGUAUAGCAUAUAGUCCAAAUGGAAAAUUUAUUGCUUCUGGUGCCUUAGAUGGAAUUGUAAAUGUUUUCGACAUGACUACUGGAAAAUUAAUACAUACGCUAGAAGGUCAUGCUAUGCCUAUAAGAUCUAUCUGUUUUUCACCCGAUUCUCAAUUAUUAGUGACUGGUUCUGACGAUGGCCAGAUAAAAAUAUAUGAUGUACAACAUGCCAACUUAGCUGGAACAGUAUCAGGUCAUGGAUCAUGGGUUUUAAGUACAGCAUUUAGUCCAGAUAAUACACAUUUUAUCUCAGGGUCAUCAGAUAAAACAGUUAAAGUAUGGAAUGCUGGUACAAGACAAUGUGUACAUACAUUUUAUGAACAUACAGAUCAGGUGUGGUGUGCCAAAUAUAAUGGAUCAGGUACAAGAGUAGUAUCAGUAUCAGAUGACAAAGCUGUACAUGUAUAUGAUUGUCCUACACCAGUAUCUGCUUAGCUAUAAAUUUUAUAUAUAUGUAUAUAUGUAUGUCAUUGUAGAUAUUCUCAUUCUUCACUUGUUGAACAAAUCAAUUGUAUAUUAUUACAUAUAAUAAAUGCCAUAAAAUGUGA